AGCGCGCCGGAAGUGCGCGUCUGCCGCGCGCGGCUCGCGCCGAGGGGAGGAAAUUGGCUUCCGAGCGGCCUGGGUUCUGUGGGCAAGGCCGCGGGUGGCAGCGGCCUCUGCUUCCAUAAACUGAGGACGGCGCGAUGGGAGACGAGAUGGAUGCCAUGAUCCCGGAGCGAGAGAUGAAGGAUUUUCAGUUUAGAGCACUGAAGAAAGUGAGGCUCUUCGACUCCCCUGAGGAGCUGCCCAAAGAACGCUCCAACCUGCUCGCCAUAUCCAACAAGUACGGGCUGCUCUUUGCUGGUGGAGCCAGUGGGCUGCAGGUGUUGUCUACUAAAAACCUGCUCAUUCAAAACAAACCUGGAGAUGAUCCCAAUAAAGUAGUUGAUAAGGUCCAGAGCUUGCUCGUUCCUAUGAAAUUCCCAGUGCAUCACCUGGCCCUGAGCUGCGACAACCUCACGCUGUCGGUGUGCAUGGCGUCUGGGGAAUAUGGCUCCAUCAUCGCUUUUUUUGACGUGCGCACCUUCUCAAACGAGGCUAAACAGCAGAAGCGCCCAUUUGCGUAUCACAAGCUUUCGAAGGAUGCCGGAGGCAUGGUGAUCGAUAUGAAGUGGAAUCCCACCGUCCCCUCCAUGGUGGCAGUUUGUCUGGCCGAUGGCAGUAUUGCUGUCCUACAAGUCACAGAUGCGGUGAAAGUGUGUGCCACUCUUCCUUCCACGGUGGCAGUAACAUCCGUGUGCUGGAGCCCCAAGGGAAAGCAGCUGGCAGUGGGAAAGCAGAACGGAACCGUGGUCCAGUAUCUUCCUACUUUACAGGAAAAAAAAGUGAUUCCCUGUCCUCCAUUUUAUGAGGCGGAUCAUCCCGUGAGAGUGCUGGAUGUGCUGUGGAUCGGGACCUAUGUCUUCACCAUCGUCUAUGCCGCUGCGGAUGGAACCUUGGAGACGUCUCCAGAGGUGGUGAUGGCGCUGCUUCCGAAAAAGGAAGAGAAGCAUCCGGAGAUCUUUGUGAACUUUAUGGAGCCCUGCUACGGCAGCUGUGCGGAGAGGCAGCACCAUUACUACCUCAGCUAUGUCGAGGAGUGGGACUUAGUGCUGGCGGCAUCUGCAGCUUCAACAGAAGUCAGCAUCCUUGCUCGGCAAAGUGACCAGAUUAAUUGGGAAUCUUGGCUCCUGGAGGACUCCAGUCGAGCUGAGUUACCUGUGACAGACAGGAGUGAUGACUCCCUGCCCGUGGGGGUGGCCGUUGACUAUACCAACCAGGUGGAGGUUGCCCUGAACGAUGAGAAGACCCUCCCUCCUGCUCCAGUUCUCCUGUUACUUUCAACAGAUGGCGUGCUUUGUCCGUUUUAUAUGAUCAAUCAGAAUCCCGGGGCAAGAUCUGUCAUCAGGAGCCCGGAGCGGCUCUCACUAGAAGGCGAGCGACAGCCCAAGUCUUCAGGAAGUGCUCCCACCACCCCAACCUCCUCUCAGUCCCCACCGAAACUGGACGCCUCAGGGCCAGCGGCCCCUGCCCUCCUUCCAUCGGCGUUGCCUGCUGCUCCUUCCCCUGCCUUCACUCUGCCUUCUGCUGGGGGCACCCCGGCCGUGUUCGCCUUUGGCUCUUCACCCUUGAAGGCCUCUGCCCCUGUCCCUGGGGAGCCCCCUCCGUAUCCCAGUGGCUCUGACGGCCCCAAAGCAGUGCUGGCCUCCACCACCCCUGCCUUCUCCUUGGCGCCUCCCUCCAAGGGCCUGCUGGCUGCCACGCCCGCACCUUCGCCCCUGGCCCCGUCAGCUGCUUCCUUCUCCUUCAGCUCCUCGGGUUUCAAGCCCGCCCUGGAGAGCACCCCGCUGCCCGGUGCGGCUGCGCCGAGCGCGGGGCUGAAGCCCGCCUUCCUGCCCACGGCCUCCGCGGUCAAGGUGAACCUGAGUGAAAAGUUCACUGCGGCGGCCACCUCUGCUCCUGUUCUCAGUGCUCCAAACACUCCGUCUGUGCUGCCCUUACCGUCCACCUCCAAACCAGCUUCUCCUGGACCGCUCAGCCAUCCCACACCUCUCUCGGCCCCGUCCAGCUCCACCUUUCCGAAGCCUGCGGGGUCUCCCACGCCCUCAGUGCGAUCUGCUCAGAGCAGUCCGAAUCUAGUGCCCUCCGUGGUACAGAAGUCACCCAGGGUCACCCCGCCAGUGACGAAGUCCGGCUCUCUUCAGCCAAAGUCACUUCAGCCUCCUGUCGCAGAAAAACAGGGACAUCAGUGGAAAGAUUCAGACCCUGUGCUGGCUGGGAUUGGAGAAGAGAUCGCACACUUCCAGAAGGAGCUGGAGGAGCUGAAAGCCCGGACCGCCAAGGCCUGCUUCCAGGUGGGCACCCCGGAGGAGAUGCAGAUGCUUCGGACAGAGUCGGCUGACCUGCACACCUUUCUUCUGGAGAUUAAAGAGACCACGGAGUCUCUUCACGGAGACAUAAGCACCCUGAAGACCACGCUGCUUGAGGGCUUUGCUGGUGUAGAAGAAGCCAGAGAGCAGGAUGGGAGAAACCACGACUCUGGGUAUCUCCAUCUGCUCUACAAGAGACCGCUGGACCCCCGGAGUGAGGCCCAGCUGCAGGAAAUUCGGCGCCUCCAUCAGUACGUGAAAUUUGCUGUCCAGGAUGUGAAUGACGUCCUGGACUUGGAGUGGGAUCGGCAUCUGGAGCAAAAGAAAAAACAAAAGCGGCUGCUUGUGCCAGAGCGAGAGACGCUGUUCAACACUCUAGCCAACAACCGGGAGAUCAUCAACCAGCAGAGGAAGCGGCUGAAUCAGCUGGUGGGCAGUCUGCAGCAGCUGCGCCUCUAUAACCAGACGUUCCAGUGGAGUCUGCCCCUGGCUGUGCCCACCCAGCGCAGCACUCACAGCUUUGACAGUGACCUGGAAACCCUGAGCAACGCUUUGUUAAAAACCACCAUUGACACUCACACCAAGCCCUUGCCCAGAGUGCCAGGGAAACUAUCGCCCGUGAAACAGACACAGCUGAGAAACUUCCUGGCCAAGAGGAAGACACCACCGGUGAGAUCCACUGCUCCAGCCAGCCUGUCUCGGUCAGCCUUCCUGUCGCAGAGGUACUAUGAGGACUUGGAUGAAGCCAGCUCCACAUCGUCCAUCUCCCAGUCUCUGGAGGGGGAAGACGUGCGGGUGUCCUGCAAAGAUGAGGAGGCAGUGGUCCAGGCCCCCCGGCACGCACCUGUGGUCCGCACGCCUUCCAUCCAGCCCGGCCUCCUGCCCCAGGCCAUGCCUUUUGCCAAAUCUCACCUGGGCCAGGGCUCUUCGCCUUCCUCUGUGGGAGCGGCCCUGUCUGCAUCUGCUAGUAAAGUUAUUCCUGCAGGGGCUGACAGCACAAUGCUGGCAACAAAAACCGUGAAGCAUGGUGCUCCUGGGCCUGCCCACCCCAUUGCCGCUCCCCAGGCGGCCGCUGCGGCAGCCCUGAGACGGCAGAUGGCCAGUCAGUCGCCAGCUGUCAGCACUUUGACUGAAUCGACUCUGAAGAACGUGCCUCAGGUGGUCAAUGUGCAGGAGUUGAAGAAUAAUCCUACCGCUCCUGCUGCAGCCGUGGGGUCCUUGGUGCCGUACUCCACCGCCAAAACGCCCCACCCUGUGUUGGCGCCGGUGGCUGCCAGCCAAGCCAAGCAGGGGUCUCUGAUGAACUCCCUGAAGCCGUCUGGGCCCACGCCAGUGUCCAGUCUGUUGUCAUCUGCUGAUAAAGGCUCAGGGCCUGGGCCGGCCAAAGUAGACACAGUGGUGACCUCGACUCCUGCUGCCAUGGGGCAGUGCAGCAGGCCUUUCUCAUUCGCACCAUCGGGGACUGACUUUAAUUUUGGGAUAGUCACACCAACACCGUCUUCUAAUUUCACUGCCAUGCAAGGGGCAGCAUCCCCCACCAAAGACUCAAAUCAGCUUGAUGCACUCUCCUUCAGUGGGGGCAACAAACCCUUUUCUGAGCUGGUCCCUGAAAGCUCUACUCCUUCAGGACUCGCUCCGUCCCCCAGCACUCCCGGAGGAACUACUGCCACCUCUCCAGGAGAGCCCCCGGCCUCCAGCAGCAGGCCCGGGGCUCCUUCUGGGGUCACGCUGCCCACUGUGGCUAGCAAGCCGGAAGCCCCUCCAAGCAAGCUGGGAGAGCUUUUGUUCCCAAGCUCGUUGGCAGGAGAGACUCUAGGAAGCUUCUCAGGCCUGCGUGUGGGCCCAGUGGAGGACUCUGUGAAGCCACCCAGUAAGUCCCCCUCCCCGAGCCUGGUGGGGGCGCAUCCGACCAAGACUUCGAGCAUGGCCUCCGGGUUCAACUUCAGUAGCUCUCCAGUGCUUGGGAAGCCUGCCGAGUCCCCGGCCACCUCUGCUGGGACCACCAACCCUGCAGUACCACUGGCCACCACCAGCACAGGCACGGCCAGUUCCUCAGCGGGGGUCUUUGGCAGUCUGCCGCUCGCCAGCGCGGGAUCCUCCGGUGCUGUUGGUUUUGGAGGGGCAUCACUAAGUGGCAGCAAGACUGUCUUUUCAUUUGGAAACGCGCAGACCAGUGACACUGCACUGUCACCCACCCCUCCAGCGGCGACAUCAGCCGCUCCUCUCCCGGCAUCAUUUCCCACCUUGUCCUUUGGUGGCCUCCUGAGCUCAGCACCUGCCCCCUCCCCGCCUGCAGCCUCUGGAAAGAGCACAGAGGAGGCCUCGUCACCAGCCUCACCUGAGAAGCCAGGGAGCAGCGAGGGCUUGGCCUCCACAGUCACACUCCCCGUGCAGCCUCAAGCCACCCCCCAGGCUACCCUGCAGGCCUCCGAGCCCGUGAGGAAGGAGCCUGCUCUUCCACAGCCCGCAGCCAGCAGUCCCAGCCCAGCAGCCCUAAGUGCCAGUCUCCCAGGGCCUCCUGCAGAGGCUGCUCCCACAGCCCCCGGGGGCCCUGACGUCAAGGAAGAGGCUGCGCCUCCUGCUCCCAGCUUCCCGGCACCCGGCCAGGCUGCUGCCACAGCCCCAGGCAUGGGCGCCGCGGCCGUGGACUCACUGGGCACCACUGUGACCUCAGUCCCUGCUUCCAGCAGCACUCCAGGCUCCAGUGCAGAGGCAGCCGUGUUUGGGACUGUCACCUCCGGCUCCUCCAUCUUCCCUCAGCCACCUGCCGCCAGCGCCAGCUCAGCGUUCAGCCAGCUCAGCAGCAGCACAGCCACAGCCCCCUCGGGCACCCCCGUGUUUGGACAGGUGGCAGCCAGCACAGCACCCAGUCUGUUUGGGCAGCAGACAGGCAGCACGACCAGCACGGCCACCGCAGCACCACAAGUCAGCAGCUCUGGGUUCGGCGGCCCAGCCUUUGGUGCCUCAGGCCCGGCAAUCUUCGGCCAGACAGCGUUCGGGCAGGCCCCGGCCUUUGGCCAGGCCACCAGCAGCCCCGCUAGUGGCUUCUCCUUCAGCCAGCCUGGGUUUAGCUCUGUGCCUGCCUUUGGCCAGUCUGCUACGUCCACCCCCGCAUCCACCAGCGGCAGCGUCUUUGGGGCCUCAUCAAGCACCAGCAGCCCUGGCUCCUUCUCUUUUGGACAGUCUUCUGCCAGCACCGGAGGGUUGCUGUUUGGCCAGAGCAACCCUCCUGCCUUCGGCCAGAGCCCCGGCUUCGGGCAGGGUGGCUCCGUGUUUGGAAGCGCCUCAGCCACUACCUCCACGGCAGCACCUUCGGGCUUUAGCUUUAGUCAGGCUUCAGGUUUUGGAUCUGGUAAUACCAGUUCUGUGUUUGGUCAGGCAGCCAAUACUGGCGGGACCGUCUUUGGCCAGCAGUCAUCCACUUCUGGCGGGAGCGUGUUUGGGUCUGGAAACACUGGAAGGGGCGGAGGUUUCUUCAGUGGCCUUGGAGGGAAACCCAGCCAGGAUGCAGCCAACAAAAACCCAUUCGGCUCAACGAGUGGGGGCUUUGGAUCGUCAGCCACCCCAAAUACCUCUAACCUGUUUGGAAACAGCGGGGCCAAGACUUUCGGAGGGUUUCCCAGCUCGUCCUUCGGAGAGCAGAAGCCCUCUGGCACUUUCAGCUCUGGAGGAGGAAGUGUGGCAUCGCAAGGCUUCGGGUUUUCUGCGCCGAAUAAAACAGGUGGCUUCGGUGCUGCUCCAGUGUUUGGCAGCCCUCCUACUUUUGGGGGAUCCCCUGGGUUUGGAGGGGUGCCAGCAUUCGGUUCAGCCCCAGCCUUUACAAGCCCUCUGGGCUCGACGGGAGGCAAAGUGUUCGGAGAGGGCACCGCGGCUGCCAGCGCAGGAGGAUUCGGGUUCGGGAGCGGUAGCAACACCACGUCCUUCGGCACCCUUGCCAGUCAGAACGCACCUACUUUUGGGUCCCUAUCCCAGCAGACCUCCGGCUUUGGGACCCAGAGCAGCGGAUUCUCUGGUUUUGGAUCCAACACAGGAGGAUUCAGCUUUGGAUCCUCCAACUCGUCUGUCCAGGGCUUCGGGGGCUGGAGAAGCUGAGCUGGCCUCAUGGUCCCUUCAGUUCCGGCAACCGACUGUGCUCGCCGUCCUCUCACCUGGGGACACAGGAGUGGGUGUCAGUGGGCUUUGUCACCAAAGCACACCCCUGGGAGGAGACAGCAGAGGCCAAAACCAGAGCUGCCAGGCCACACGCACCAUCUCGUCUUGUGUUUCGUUUGGUUUCCCUGCUAUUAAACUGUCGCUCUGUUCCGUCCUGGGCAUCUGCGGGUUUGUUCAGCUUGUGGAGCGGGGCUCCCAUCCCUGUGCUGGGGACCCGGGAAGACCACAUGGAGGCCGAGGCCUGGCUUCUGUCUCCUCGCACGCAACCUCGGCCCUGUGCGUUAGGACCCUCGGGGCCACUCCGUGUGGGCAAGGCCUCGACAGUGUCACAGAGGCUCCGGUGGCGGCAGUGCCGUCAGAGCGCGUCGGCGGAGGGCCGCAGACGCACGCAGCCUCCUCACUGCCGCCGCCUGCUCUUGCCGUGGCUCCUGUGCGUCCCCCAGCCUGGGAGGAGGCGGCGGUGUAGACCGCUCCAUAGCCGCCGUGUGCUGGCCGCCCUUAGGAGCCACACCUAGCCCAAGCACCUGUGACCACAGUGCAGGUGGCCGCGGGGCGGUCCGGGACCCUGCUGUAGCAGAUCCCAUGGCAGAACGGUUGGCGACAGGGUUCACCCCCACGGCCUUGAGAGCCUGCUUGCAGUUGUAUUAAAGUUCUUCUUUCUUUCAA